CUCCAAACCCAGUGAAGAAAAUUACCAGAGAAAGCUCAAAAAUUUCUAAGAAACCUACCAAAAAACAGCUUCUUACCUAUGAAGAAAUUAUCAGAGAACAACUCCAAACCUGGCGAAGAAAAUUAUCAGAGAACAGCUCCAAGCCUGAUGAAAAAACUAAUAGAAAUUUAUUAGAAACUGAAGCUGAAUCAGA